AUGGCCCCACCCUUAGCUGUGCUGCAGGUGCUGCUGCUCCUAUUGGUGUCUAUCGUCCAUGGGGGUUAUUCUCCCUCAGACGAAGACAUCCAGCUUUCCGACACGUUCGGAGGCUCCGGCGGCGUCUCGUUCUCGGACAUCGAGUUGGUUGAGUUUGGCCAAACCGCCAGUUCGAUCACCAUCAGCGCCAAGAAGCGGGUCACGUCGAUCGUCCUGCGAGUGGCGACGCCAGCCGAGCUGACGCUUUCCCAUGGCGGAUCAAGCGGGACAGACCACACACUAACUCUGGCGGAGGGCGAGUACGUCAAGUCCAUGGAGGUUCAUUGGGCCCGGAAGGGGCUGAGCUCGCGCAUCUUCUACCUCAAGUUCGGCACCAACAAGGGCCACUCGGUGUCUGCAGGUACGCCGACCGAGAACAACUCGACGGUGACUGCCCCCGACGGCUUCCAGCUCAGUGGGUUCUUCGGUCGAGCCGAGGGGGAACUCAACCAGGUGGGCGCUAUCUGGACGCGGAUCAACGCCAAGACCAAGCGUCUGACCGAUAGAAUGGGCUCCGCUUGGUACGGCGAUCGCAUUCGGAACUGGGUGGGGCCUACGAUCGGACACGCCAGUGACUCGGCGUGUUACAGGAAGACGGAGCCUUUCGGCAGCACCAAAGCGUGUCCUCGAGGCUACAACAACAGCGGGAUCAGCUGCAUGGCCCAGUGUCCGCUUGCGUAUCCCGUCGACUGCUACCAGGAGUGCAUCCCGCAGAAUGACGACUGCAACGGGGAGAUCAUGAGCAAGGCGGCGUCUGUGGUGGCUGCAGUGUUCAACACGGUGACGGCUGGAAUCUUUGGCGCCAUCUUUUCGUCGUACAAGAAAUCCAAGCAGAGUUUCCUCUGCGCUGCGAACAUCAUCGGCGUGAUCAAGUCUCUGAUCUACUACCUUCGAUUCCAGCAGACGACGGCGCCGCAAGGAACAGUGCAAGAAAUGCUCGCCGUUGCCUACCAGUCUGACGUUGUGAUCUUCUCCAUGCCCAUUGCCGUGGCAAACUGUCUCGGGAUCAAAGUGUCGGGCAAAGUCAAGUUCGCCGACAUCGUGUACGUCAUCGUGGAGAACAUCGUCAAGCAGGUUAUCAUCAACGGCGAUCAGAUCCUCUCCUCCGCCACGAAUGUCCUCGCUCUUCUCACAAACACCAGCACAUUGAAUAACUCGACGGACGAAUCCACCGUCGAAGAGCUGCAAGACCUCCUCGACUCCAACUCCACCUGCGGGUACCAGGUCAAGAACCUCACAGACCACGUCAUCACCUCGGUUAGAGAGAUCCGCAACGCAACACCAGACGCCAGUGUCAACGAUAUCCGCGUGAAGAUCAGUAAGUCACCGCUCGUGCUGAGAGAUAUCCCCACGGCUACCAACAAUUGCAUGCGCGAGCUGCUGGGCAACAAGACCAGAGAGGCGGCGUUCGAAACGCGCGACUUGAUCCGAAAGACGCUCGGGGUGAUCGUCGACCAGCUCGUGGAAACGAACAAGACCGACUUGGGGCAGUCCACUGCGGAACAGGACUACACAAUGGAGGCAGCUAACAUGGCGCUGGUUGUGCUCGGAGGCAUGGAUCCGACGGGAAUUGCUUGGAUGGUCUCCCAGUUCGUGCAGCCGACUUGUGGCCCGACGGAAUUCAUCGGCGAGGUUGACGACGGUACUCUGUACGACGCACUAGGGCUCAAGACUGUGGACGAGGCGUUCAAAGGCAGCUACGGCACGUGGACGAAGGAGGGGGAUGACAUGAUGAACCUCUUCUUCGAAAGCACCGACACGAAGGACGUGACGGUCGUUCUCCACUCCGGCGGCCAAGAGUAUGCAAAGGUUGAGGUGCCUGCCGGGACGACUGUGAACUGGAGCGACAAGAUCGUGAAUUUGCACGAUAAGGUGCUGUAUCUGGAUCGCUGGCGCAGGACUGUGGUGGGCGUUCCGUCAUCAGCCGGCGGUUCUCUGGUACUCUGGGUCCCAAGAUCGUCCCAGGGUGGCCAUCUAACCAUGCAUGUUCGUGUCAACGUAAGCUAA